AUGUUUUUCCAGACAUCCGCUCUUAUUGCGCUUGCCGCAAGUGCCUCUGCGCACAUGGUCCUCAACAGCCCCGUUCCCUUCGACUGGGAGGACUCUGGCACUCAGCAGUCUCCUUUGGAACCCGCCGACUUCCCCUGCAAGCAGCCUGCCGGUACAUAUGCUGUCACAACAAUGAACACUGUCGCUGCCGGUGGCUCGUUGGAUGUCCAGCUUAAGGGUGGUGCGACACACGGCGGUGGCUCGUGCCAGUUCUCCAUCACCACUGACACCAAGCCUACCAAGGACUCACAAUGGAAGGUUCUUCACAGCCAGAUUCACGGCUGCCAGGGAGGCGCAAACGAUGCCAACAUGUCGAACGACAAGGACGACUUGGGCAACCCCAAGAUUCCCGUCAAGAUCCCCGAGGGUCUGCCUGCUGGUCAAUACACCUUUGCCUGGACAUGGUUGAACAAGCUCGGCAAUCGAGAGUUCUACAUGAACUGUGCUCCUCUCACAGUCACCAGCGGUAGCUCCAAGCGCGACACUGCUUCGGCCGAUGUCUCUUCUAUCCUCGGGCAGUUGCCCGACAUGUUCGUUGCCAACCUUCCUCCUACCGAAUGCGAGGUCGCCUCUGGCCAGGACUUCGAUUACCCCAACCCUGGUGACAGUGUUGCGACUGGUGAGGGAGCCGCACCGGGUACCGCUAUCUCCGGUGCCAACUGCGCCGCCGUUACUAUCCUGGGUGCUGGUGCUGGACAGCUCGGCAGCCCUGCUCAGGCCACCGCUGCUCCCACCAGCGGUGGAGGUGUCUUCGCCCCUGGCGCAUCGUCUGCUGCUGGUACUGCCCCCGCUGCCAGCGCUCCUGCUGUUACCCAGGCGCCAGUUGCCUCAGAGCCCGCUGCUUCGUACCAAGCCUCUCAGCCUGCCGCCACUCCUGUCGCCUCCCAGCCUGCCGCUGCUCAGCCAUCCUCUCCGUCUGCUGGUGGUUCCGGUACCGAGACUGGUGCCGGCUCUGGCUCCACCAACGCCUCUUCUGGAGCUGGCACGCCAUGCGACACUGAAGGCGCUGUCGUCUGCAUUGGCACCGACUCUUUCGGCCUGUGCAACUUCGGCACCGCUGUCGCCCAGAAGCUCGCCGCCGGCACGAGCUGCUCCAACGGCCAGCUCUCUCGCCGCAGCAUCCGCUUCCCUCGCGGUACCCUUCACAACCGCCAUGCGGCCCUCCACAAGCGCGCCAGCGCUUUGUAA